AGGCAGUGGGCUCCGAGUCAACUAGCAUGACCGCGGGCACCGGGGCAGACAUUGAAUCGUCUGGCUGGACAGCGGGCAUCGGGUCACCAGGCAUCAAGUCAUUUGGCUCGACAGCGUAGCACCGCAUCAUCUGGCAAGGCAGUGGGCUCCGAGUCAACUGGCAUGACCGCGGGCACCGGGGCAGACAUUGAAUCGUCUGGUCCUGGACAGCGGGCAUCGGGUCACCAGGCAUCAGGUCAUUUGGCUCGACAGCGGGCACCGCGUCAUCUGGCAAGGCAGUGGUCUCCGAGUCAACAGGCACGACAGUGGGCACCGGGGUCAUCAGGUAACGGAUUGUCUGGCUCGACAGCGGGUAUGCAAUCGGGUCAUCAGGCAUCAGGUCAUUCGGCUUGCCAGCGGGCACCGCGUCAUCUGGCAAGGCAGUGGGCACCGAGUCACCAGGUA